CUAGGCUGCCGGAGGAUCGAAAGGCUGCCUCGCUGGUCGCGCGGUCCACUAUGGCGGUUGUGCGGAAGGCGCUGAUCGUGGGCGCACUGCUGGGCGCUGGAGCUGGCCUGGGCUCCGCGCUCUUUGUCCUCGUGACCCCGGGAGAGCAGAGGACACAGGCGAUGCUCGAGGAGAUGCCGGCGCAGGACCCGCUGCGCAGGGCGGAGGCGGCCAGGACCAAGGAGCUCCUGCUGGCUACCCUGCAGGAGGCAGCGGCCACUCAGGAAAACGUGGCCUGCAGGAAGAACCGGGUGGACGGCAGUGGCGGCGGUGGGACGUCGGCAUGAGUGCAGACUUGGCACCCGUGGACGCUGGUACCUCCGCUCGGGCGCAGGAUUCCGAGGCUGCCUUUCGCCUUCGUGGGCCGGUCCAGGAGUCCGGACCCGGGAUGCCGCACCCAGGCCUCUCCGGGUCCCCAGGAGCUGUUGCCGGGUGAGCACGUUCUCCUUAACCCCUGCACUGACUGCGCUUUAACUUCCACAUCGCGGGCUGGGAUGCAGACCUGGGACGGAUGUGGCGAAAUGAAGAAAUAAAUCACGUCCUUCCAUCUAGAGAGUGAGCCCUACCUUCUGACACCUCCAAGUACCCAAGUAGCUGUAGGUGCCUCUGUCUAGGGUGAUUAAGGUUCCAGCCAGCCCUGCCCCAUGUGUGAGCCUGAAGCCCAAUAGGCGUUGUUGUUAGGUGCUAUCCAGUUGGGACUCGUAGCGACCCCGUGUACAACAGAAGGAAACACUGCCGGGUCCUGCGCCAUCCUCACAAUCCUUUGAUAUGUUUGAGCCCACUGUUGCAGCCACUAUGUCAAGCAUCUCAUAAGGGUCUUUCUCUCUUUCAUUCACCAAGCAUGAUGUACAUCCAGGGAGGGCUCCUACUUGAUAACAUGUGCAAGUAUGUGAGAGAAGUCUCGCCAUCCUCGCUUCUAUGGAACAUACUGGCUGUAAUUCUUACAAGACAGAUUUGUUCAUUCUUCUGGAGGUCCAUGGCAUAUUCUUCGCCAACACCAUAAUUCAAA